CCUAAACUGAAUAAGUCUGGUUAAUAAUAAAAAAUAACAUAAUUACCUAAUGACUUUUAUUCAAAUAAAUAGCAUGUCGAUCUUCAAAAUUGUUCAGUUGCAGCGGUAGUUCGUUUUAAAACAAAACAGUCAAAAAAUGAAUUCAUUUAACUGGCAAGAAAGCAUUAAAACAAAUCUGAAAGCUCUCAGACUUGUGGGACUUUGGCCCAAAAGUGAUUUUUACAAAUUUGAUUUAUACACAUUUUGCACUUCACUGACGGUCGUAGUAAUAGUUUGUGGUCACAAUUUGUCACAGAUCGUCUACAUUUUACAAGUAUACUCCGAUUUAAAAGCUCUCACAGCUACAAUAUUUGUAGCAAGCAUCAAUUUUCUAGGAGCUGUAAAAAUGUACUUUUUCAUUAAGCACAUUAAAACAGUGAAGAUACUAUUCAAAAUGUUAAAAACGUAUCAAUUUAAACCAAAAAACAUUCACCAAACUCAGUUAAUUAAACCGUUUUUAAAUCUGUGGAAAAUUUUAUACGUUGGUUAUUCAAUAAACGUGUAUCUUAUCGUGGCCAUGUGGUCGCUACUUCCAGUCUUGAAUGGAUGGACUUGGCAAAAGAAAUUGCCUUUUCCAGCUCGUUAUCCGCUCGAUGUUACAAAAUCGCCGUAUUAUGAACUAGCCUAUGUUUACCAAUUCAUCUGUAUUUGGUACAUAACUGUUGCCAAUUUAAAUUUAGAUACAAUUAUCAUAGCGUUAAUGAUGUAUACAUCGUGUCAGUGUGACCUUUUGUGCGACGAUUUAAAAAAUCUUACAGAGACGCGAUUUUUUGAUAAAAAACUGAUUGAAUGUAUUAAGCAUCAUAAAGCUAUUUUAGUGUAUGUCAAGUCAAAUUUCACAGUCGGCCCCAAUAUGUUAAAUUGUAUUAGUUUUGCAGAAAAAAGUAAUAGUUUAUUUAAUAUGAUUGUCUUGGGUCAAAUUGCCACAAGCACCGUGGUUCUGGCCUUGACAAUGUUCCAGUUGAGCAUGGUAAGCCCUUUGAGCAGUGAAGGUUUGAAUCAUCUCUUCUACAUUGGAGGUAUUAUAAUGCAAAUUCUGCUUUACUGUUGGUUUGGAAAUGAAGUUGAAGCAAAGAAGUACAUGGGUUAA